GUUGGAACAAAAACUAUUCUUGUUCCAUACAAAUCCCAACAUGUCAAAAAGUACCAUGAAUGGAUGGCAUCCCCCUUUCUUCAAGAAAUGACUGCGUCAGAACCGUUGACUUUGGAGGAAGAAUAUGAUAUGCAAAAAUCUUGGCACGAAGACAGCAAUAAAUGUACUUUUAUUUUGCUUGGUCUUCCAGAUUGCGCUAAAAUUGAAAACGACAUCAGCAUGGAUUAUAUUCGGGAUAAAGCUGUUAUGAUUGGUGAUGUUAAUAUCUUUUUAAAUGACUGUGAUGGUGACAUGAGCUUUGGUGAAAUCGAAAUAAUGGUUGCUGAAGAAGCAUAUCGACGACAUGGGUAUGGAUUAGAAGGAUUAAAAAUGAUGAUGGCAUACGCUUCGAAGGAUUUACAUAUCAAGACGUUCCACGCUAAGAUAUCAAUGAAAAAUACACCAAGCAUCCAUCUUUUUGAAGAAAAAUUGGCCUUCUAUCCAAUUUCUCAAUCAGAAAUCUUUCAAGAAAUCACACUGGAAUGGUCUAUACAACAACAAGAUUCUUUAGUAUCCAACAAUGAUAAUGAUGACGAUGGCACUGAUCAAUAUGGUUCCAAGGCGACAACAUUACAGAAAGAAAACUGCAUCCUACUACAUGAAUCAUUGAUGAAAAUGUGGGAACAAGAAAUCCAAAAAUUACGUUGGGACAAUACCUUAUUAUAGAUCUCCUUUCAUUGAAAUACAUUUUAUAGAAAUAAAUUCUCAAGUACUUCUUUAAAGCUUUUAAAAAUCAA